AUGUUUAAACUAACUAAACCUCAACAAAUCUACAUAAUAGUUGCUCUAGCGGUAAUUUCUUUCGUUAUUAUAUUUUACUUUACUGAUUCGCCAAACAAUGAAAUAACAUUAUUAAAUACAACUGAACAGGAAUAUAAAUUCCUAUCAGACCCCCAAAAACUCCUCAACAUUACAUUUACAUACAAUUUAAAUAACAAAAAUGUAUGCAGUAACAACACCCAAGAAAAUAUAUUGGCUGUUUUUAUAGUAACAUCAUAUUUUGGCAAUGUAGAAACUCGUAGUUCUAUGAGGCAAGCGUUUAGCAUAGAAGAUUUACGAAAAAAAGGACUUAGAAGGGUAUUUUUACUAGGAGAAGCUUCAAGGGACAAGUACACCACACAAAAGUCCAUAAAUGAUGAAAGUAGGCGAUUUGGAGACAUAAUUCAAGGCAAUUUUUCAGAAGCAUAUAGAAAUUUAACUUAUAAGCAUAUAAUGGGACUUAAAUGGGCAAGCACCUAUUGUCCAAAUGCUAAAUAUUUGAUUAAAAUGGAUGACGAUACUGUUGUUAAUAUGUACAUAUUAAAAACAAUGCUUAAAUCAUUAGAAAAUAUAUACAAUAAAGAUUUCAUUGCUGGAUAUAAAUUAGAAAACAUGUUAGCAAUAAGACAAACAGCAAAUAAAUGGUAUGUCACUAAAGAAGAAUAUCCAUCAACCAAAUACCCAACAUUUGUAUCUGGCUGGUUUUACAUUACCAAACCCCAAACAGCAUUAAAACUGGCAACAAUAGCAAACUACCAAAAAUACUUCUGGAUAGAUGAUGUUUUUGUAACAGGCAUAAUAGCCAAAAAACUCAAAAUAUUACUUUUCGAUAUCAGCAAAUACUUUGUAAUCAACUCGGAAUUUUUGCAAUGCUGCCUGCAAGAUUUGAACAAGAAAAUUGACUGCGAUAUUUAUGUGGGACCCAAUGGAGGAGAUGAUAAUAUGUUUUACAAGUUCAAUGAGAAAAUAAAAUUGUGUCUGAACGAGGGGUGCAUCAAAAGAAGUAAACCUUUAAAUGAAACUUGUGUGGCAGAGAAGAAAGUGAAUUUGGGCAAAGGCGAUCCUGAGAUUAAUGAUUUUAGACUUAGUUGA